AUGUUUGAGAAACCGAAAGUUGCUGUGAUGGGCCUCCGCAAAUCUCUGGUAAUGGCUGUAGCGGUUGGUUUCCAAACCAAAAUGUGGGGUCGGGAUGGUGUACGGCAGUGCGAGGGGCAGCUUGUAAUCAAGAGCUACUCCAAAGCAUCCAUAACCAGCUUUCACAGUAGUCGCUCUCGCACUUCUGACCGUGGUCGCAUGUACACAGUCAGAACGACUAUGGGCCCAGCCUGUGUGGGUCAAGUCCAAAAAGAUGAAGUGUGCUGCCAAGAGGAAGCAACAUAUGAUCAAUACUAUACCGAAACGCUUUCCUCCUGUCAGACUGCCCCAGGACAUUUGUUACGGUACUUGUUUCGCCCCAAGCGAUCUGACUCAUGCCUAACCAGAAGUAUGAAUAAGGCUAGCAAGGGUAUCCUUAUACAAGGGGAUCAUACACUCACUAUAUAG